GUUUUCCCGCGCUGUUCUCCACAAACUGCACUGUUGCCACUCGGCGUUGAGAAGUGGAACCCCGGGCUUAUUUUUGACACAACCGACUGCAGACUGGUUUCAGGUCUUAGAAUGUCGUCCUCAGACUAUGACCCGGCGUGUUUGCCGGACUUACUGCCGCUCUAUUAUCGCCGCCUCUUCCCCUUCGCGCAGUAUUACCGCUGGCUGAGCUACGGGGGUGUGCAGAAAAGCUACUUUCAGAACCGGGAGUUCUCCUUCACGCUCAAAGACGACAUCUACGUGCGCUACCAGUCGUUCAGCACGCAGAACGAGCUGGAGAAGGAGAUGCAGAAGAUGAACCCGUACAAGAUCGACAUCGGAGCGGUGUACAGCCACAGGCCUAAUCAACACAACACGGUGAAGUCCGGCAGCUUCCAGGCUCUGGAGAAGGAGCUGGUGUUUGACAUCGACAUGACGGAUUACGACGACGUUCGGAGCUGCUGCAGUGCUGCGGAUAUUUGCUCCAAGUGCUGGACUCUGAUGACCAUCGCGAUCCGUAUAUUGGACAGAGCUCUUCGAGAUGACUUUGGUUUCCAGCACUUGCUGUGGGUGUAUUCUGGCAGAAGAGGGGUGCAUUGCUGGGUGUGUGACGAAGCCGCCCGGAAGCUCUCUGCAGCGGCGCGAUCCGCUGUGGCCGAGUACCUCAGCCUGGUCAAGGGCGGGGAAGAGAAUGUGAAGAAAAUCGUGCUGACGGAUCCAAUUCACCCCUUCAUCGGAGAGUCCUUGUCAGUGGUGGAGCACUACUUUCCACAAUAUGCUCUACAGGAACAAGACAUACUGGGACGCAGGGAGUCUGUAGACAAAGUCCUGGCUCUCGUACCUGAAGAUGUGAGAAGAGAAUUACAGCAGUUCUUUCAGAACGAGAGGAACCCAGAGAAACGCUGGAAACUGAUCAAAGACCAGGCCAGAGCGAAACAGACCACUGCCAAAAAGAGGCACUUUGACAAGGAGAUCAUGCUGCAGUACUGCUACCCUCGACUCGACAUCAACGUCAGUAAAGGCGUCAACCACUUGCUGAAGAGCCCGUUCAGCGUUCAUCCCAAAACAGGGCGCAUCUCGGUUCCGAUAGACCUCAAAGAUCUGGACAAGUUUGAUCCUUUUGCUGUGCCCACAAUUAGCCUGAUCUGUGAGGAGUUGGACCAACUGAAGCCAGAAGAAGAACAGACAAAGUCAGAGGACUCAAAGGAGAAGGAAAAUGAAAAAGACACAGCCGAGAAGAGGAAGAACAGAGAUUACAAGCGAACCAGUUUGGCAAAGUAUGUGAAGCACUUUGAUCAGUUUCUGGAUGGGCUGGCUCGCUCGUGGAAAGGAGAACUUCUCAGAAAGAGCGAUCUUCAGAAAGAAUUCUGAACAGGAUCGCCGAUCAGAAAACGACAGCUGAAAUCACAGCUUCUGGAUCUUUGCUUAGUGUUACUGGUGAUCCAUCCUUAUGGUGCAGUUUGUGGAGAUAAUGCAUUUUUGACAACAACAGCUGAUCACACCAGUUUUGAUAUGUUUUGCGUCGUAUUACGUUUGUGUAUUAAACAGCCCAAUAAAGUAGAGUUCUUCGGUGAAAACGCGUGUCAAAUGACAGCGAGUUUCAGCUGUGCAGGGAAAAUAAACAUUAUAUCUUGUUGUAAA